ACUUGCUUACUAUAAAAAAAUCAUGUGCUUGUGUUAUAAAAGUACAUAUAGUUCAAGUGAAAAUUUAAAGUGUAAAAGCGAAAAAAUUAGUUAAGAAAAUAAAUAUCUUCAAGACGAUCACCUAUAAUGUGAUUUUCUACAACAACUGCCACAGACAUUCAAUGAAUGUUUCUAAUUUCUGAUGCGUCUGAUUUGGGGAUCAUUUAUGAUAUAAAAAGAAUUAGUUUCACUAACCAUGAAAUGCACUUUAUGUAACUCCUAUUCCUCCUAACUAUUUUUUGAGCAAUGAUUUCACUUCGCCUGGAAUAUCGCCAAAAUAGCUGCAUGAUUGAUGGCGUUAAAACCAUGGAGCCCCUAUACUUUCUGCGGUGACACUUUCCAUUAGAAAUGUGUUUCGUUUUAAACGUUAUCAAGUGACAUCUUAAUCAAUGAAGUUGCGAGCAAGCAAAAUUUCCUGGUUCCAUGUGUAGCCAACACCCACAGCCGUCCACAAAGGCACACAAUUCAAGGAGCGCCUGGCAUUAACACCAACACACAACAAAGCACACAUACACACAGCUUUACUGCUGUCACCCUGUUUAUUACCACAUAACCACAAACAGAUGUCGCGCAAAGCAAUUAAUAUCAGCUGUUUACACAAUGCAGCGUUUUUUUUGCACGUGAGUGUUGCAGCUAAAAACAUAUUGUAAAUAAAAGUGGUGUUCGAAGAAAAUAAAAUAAUGAGUGAAUUAAAUAGUGAGGAAGAUACGAUGUUCGAUGAAAUAAUUGAGGAUGAAAAUGUCGAUGACGAAUCGUUACCAAACUUUGCAUUUCCAAAUCUGAAAGGUGAUCCUGAUUUGCUGCCUGAAUUUAAUAGCAACGAUGAGCACACAAUUAGCGCUAAUGAAUAUUUGCAGCAAGCCAUCAUAAGUAACUUAAGCACAUUGGAAUUCAAAUGGAACAGCGAAUGUUUGAUUUGUUCUGAACAGUUUGGAGAGUAUCAGGAAUUGCUGGAGCAUUGCAAACAGUUUCAUAAAAAUGAAUUCGACGAGUAUACUUGCACAAUAGGGGAUUGUGAUGUGUUAAUUUCGGAUGAGGAUGCACUCGCCAGGCACCUCGUAUUGAGACACAGUGAUUUGCACAACAUUAAAAUAUAUGGCAACUGUCCUUUUUGUGAUCUACGUUUCUCAAAUUUCAAUGAACUUAAUAAACAUUCGUGCUAUCGUAAAAUCAAUCGAAAGGCCUGCACACAACCGUAUUGCCAGUAUUGUAAGGAAGAAUUUGUCUCGCAUAAAAGAUUCCUGUUUCACCUGCAAUUUCAUUUGGCUAAGCGGCGUGCUAAAAUUUGUAUGAUAUGUAAUACUGAAUUCGCCGAUGUUGAAGAAUUUUUUCUUCAUGUAAAUUAUGAGCAUGAGCCGCUGGAUAAGUUGGCAUGUAAAAUCUGCGAUCGCAUUUUCGCUGAUUUGGAGACUUACAGCGCACACGAAAAUAUGCACAAAUCAAAACCAAAAUACAAAUGUGAUGAAUGCAGCAAAGUGUAUCAUAAUAAAAAACUAUUAAUAAAACAUAAGGAUAACUUACACACCGCGAUUGAGUAUAAAUGUGACUUGUGUCCGAAAGUCUUUCCAACAUUUUCCAUUUUACAAAACCACUUGAAGUGGCAUAACACCGAAACCGAGGUGCAUGUGUACACUUGCACCAAUUGUGGCUUGCUUGCAGGUGAUUGUGACAAACUAAAGAAACAUACCGCAGAUUGUACCACCGACUGCUUUGAUUGCGAAAUUGAAGAAGAAAUAUUGACAGCCGCUUACCAUUGUCAUUACUGUGCGCAAGAUUUCAGGGAUAAACAGUCGCUCAGCCAGCAUCGCGCUACGGGCGUGCAUAAAAAUGAGAAAUUCAUCUGUCCAAUUUGCAAUGAAGAGAUCGACAAUGCGCAAUUGAAGCGCCUGCAUAUGUACAAGCAUAAAGACUAUAAAAAUGUCUUGGAAAAUCUACCGCUUAAGCGGCUGCUAAUUUGUGAUGUGGCCGAUUGUGAAGAGUGCUACAACGAAUGGGCUGCGCUGCAGCGACACAAAACGCGCAUACACAAAUCCAAUACAUGCACCAAAUGCAAUCAGAAGCUAGCUAAUGCGGACGAAUUGCAAAAUCAUAUGGAAAAAUGCAAAUCGACUGCAUUAACGUGUCAGUUUUGUGAUAAAGUGUGUCCGACAAAAAUGUCAUUGGCGGUGCAUGUGGCCAGAAGGCAUAAUAACAAAAAUGUUAACUGUCCACACUGUGCUGCUGGCUAUAAAGAUGAGAAAACGCUACAGCAACACAUAGAGUAUUCACAUGUGCCGGCGCCUUGUACAAAUUGCGAAAAAGUGAUCAAUUGCAAAAAGAAUUUAGAGAUACAUAUGCGUGUGGUGCAUGAGAUUGAAAGCAGAUAUUUCUGUGCGCAUUGUAAUAAGGGAUUCUAUCAUCGUUCGCAGCGAGAUCUGCAUGAAGAGAAUGUGCACCCAGAUGCAGUUUACAAAUGUGGCGAAUGCAAUUUUAAAACGAAAUAUGCGAAAUCCUUGGAAAUACACAUAGCGAAGCAUUUGAAAAAAUUAGAGUUUAAGUGUCCGCACUGUGAUAAAUCAUUUGGCCGCAAAAACACGCUCACCUUACACGUCAAGCGGCAUGAAAACGAUAAACCUUUCCGCUGUUCAGACACCAUUAUUGAUGGCUGUGAUGCCGCAUUUAUCACACGACCGCUCUUAAAUAAUCACAUCAAAAGCAAACAUUCCGUGCAUCAGCGGAAACCAAAGAACGUUGAAAAGAGCCAACCAAAGAGGAGCGUGGGGACACGCAGAAAGGCAAAAGCAAAUAUAAGUGAUGCACAGGCUGCAGUAAAUUCGCUUAUAAAUAGUGCAAUGCUUGAAACCAAAUCGGCGGAGACAAUGUUGACAGCAGCAAAUAGUUUUGUUGAUGUUGUAGAUAUGCCACACGAUACUGAAGAGAACUAUAUGUUGCUCUUGGUGAAUGAUGAGGCGCAACAAAUCGUUAGUGGUGUAAAUGAGCAACUGCUGGCUAUGGAUACAGCAGAUAUUUCGUUAAGUUGAAGAUUUUUAUGCGUUCCUUGUAUGUCACGAUUUGGUUGGCAUAUUAAUAACAUAUAUACAUACAUAGUAUGUAUACACCAUUUAUAGUAAAUUCCUUGUUUUUUUUUUUUAAUUGCAAAUUGUUUUAAUAAACGACUAUAAACUGCAUUUAGAAUUUACAACGUCUCCGCUGCUUUUCAUUACUGCCAACGCACUCUUGUCUAGCUGAAAUUAUAAAUAUCAGCUCGGUCCAUAUUUCUCACGCUGCAACGUACAUAUUUAUUUUUCUUUAAUUGCUCGGCAGUUAUACAAUAUGCUCCGCUUUUUUGUUUUGGUUUUUAUCUUUCUGCUUUCUUCGUAAAAAAAAAAACAACAACUACAACAAACUACAAUUGUAAAUAAAUAUUUAUGUACGAGUUAUAUAUAUGUAUAUUGUACGUACAUAUGCCUUUGUGCCGUUGUAUAAUGUAUUUGUAUAGUUAUUGCAUUUAUAAUUUGUUAAAACACACACACACUACAAGUUACAGUACUCUCAGACUACAAAUAAUUAAUUGAGCGCAAUCACGUCAAUUUGACUGCACGUUUUACAUGUUUUUUUACUUUAAAUUUGAAUAUUUUAAUAUUUAAUUAACAGUGUUUUUAAGGAGAAAAAACUUGGCGUAUUCCCCUUUAGAAUGUUUUAUAUUCGUAGUUUCUGUGUAAAUAUUAUAUUUGAAUUAAAUUUGAAUUGUCUACUUUAAUUUGUCUUUUUUGACUUUUUGGCUUGUUUGGUUUUCAAUUUCUCCUUCUUCUUCAGUUCCUUCUCCAUCAGCGACUUGUACAGUUUGUAGCCGAAGAGCGC